GAACAGAUCCUGGUCAUGGAGAAAUCAAUUCUCAACAAGCUUGAAUGGAGUCUCACUGUUCCUACUCCGUAUGUGUUCCUUGUUCGCUUCAUAAAAGAUGCAACGUGCGAUAAAGAGAUGGAGCAUAUGGUCUACUUCUUUGUUGAGUUGGGUCUGAUACAGUACUCUAUGAUCAUAUAUUCUCCUUCAAUGGUUGCAGCUUCAGCAAUCUCCGCAACUCGAUGCACAUUAAAGAAGGGUCCUCUUUGGACCGAAUCCCUCAAGCACUAUACUGGCUUCUUUGAGCCCCAAUUGCUGGAUUACUCUCAAAUUUUGCUUAAGUCUCACUCAGCUGCACCUGAGAGUAAAUUGAGAGCAGUGUACAAGAAAUACUCGAGCAUUGAAUUUGGAAAUGUGGCAUUGAAUCAACCAGCACUAAAGAAGAUGUUAGAGGAGUUGAAGGCUUCUUCAGCUUCAUUUUGA